GCGAGGGCCAGAUCUGACAAACCGUGACCAGAUAUAUCCAGAUAUCCAGCUCUUCAGCUCUUGUUCUUCUGCUAUGCGAGUGCAGUGUGUGUGUGUGUUGCUGGUGUGUGUGCUGGUGUGUGUGUUGGAUGCGUCUCCUGUGCCGGCUCCUGAACCCAUCCGCUGCGCCCCGUGCUCUGCGGAUCAGCUGUCGGCGUGUCCUGCCGUGUCCCCCGGCUGUGCUGAGGUGAUCCGGGAUCCGGGCUGCGGCUGCUGUUCCUCCUGCGCCCUGCAGAGCGGCGACUCCUGCGGCGUCCACACAGCCCACUGCGGAGCCGGCCUGCGCUGCGUCCCGAGAGCUGGAGACCCGCGGCCGCUGCACUCGCUGACCCGCGGGCACGCCGUCUGUGUGGAGCACCACCCUACCGAAGAGGAUGCAGAGCUGACGUCUGAACCGGGCUCACUGCAUCACCUGCUGAACCUGAACCGAGCCCUGGACCCGCGGGACACAGCGGAGACACAGGAGAGCAUCAAGGCACAAGUCAACGCCAUCCGGCAGAAGCUCAUCCAACAGGGUCCGUGUCACACAGAGCUUCUCGCGUCUCUGGAUGUCAUCACAGAAUCUCAGCAGGCGUUGGGAGAGAAGUUCACCAGCUUCUACCUGCCCAACUGUGAUAAACACGGCUUCUACAAGGCCAAACAGUGUGUGUCGUCUCUGGUGGCUCAGGCUCCGCGCUGCUGGUGUGUGUCCUCCUGGAACGGCAAGAGACUCGCCGGCACUGCAGAUGUGGAAGCAGAUACACCGUGCCCCCAGGAGCUCACACGCUGAACACACACACAUACGUGCUUAUAUCUUCCUCACACACUGAACACACACACACAUGCGCUCAUAUCUCCUUCACACACAUUUAUUCUCCGCUACAUGGCUCUUAUUAUGUUCAUGAACUGAUUUCCAGAAACACACACCUGGUCAAACUCCCCCUCAGGGUCUCCAGCAUCUCCAUGAGGCUCCUCAGUGUUUGUUUUGGACUAUAAGAUGACCAGAACCGCUUAUCUGAGAUAAUCAUUUAAUCUUAUUUUAAUUAUUAGUAUAAUAAUGAAGUGUUAUUAGUAUACUUAUUUAUUAUGUCUGUAAAGGUUUCCUCUGUAUGUGUGUGUAUGAUAUGAACUCAGUUUGAGAUGCUUUAUUUUAUUUGAUGUGUAUUUAAAGCAAACGUCUACCUCACGCUGUGAAGAGUGCUGCUCUAUUUAUUCUCUACCCAAUAUUCUGCUGGACACAGGUGUAAUAUGUGUGUAUAUAUGUGGAUUAUAGGUUUCUUUCAAUAAAAUGUUGAA